GCGUUGAUCGUUAUUAAAUGGCGUCGAGCUUUAAAUCGGGGAGUCUAUAGCGGAUCGAGGUUGGUCCUUGUUCAUCCCCCUAAAGGAAAUAACAAAAAACACUGCGCGCAGCCCCCGGUAGACAAUUCUGUAAACUUCGGGCGAGAUGUGGGUUGAACUGGCUGCUGUCUGACGUGUUUGGGUGGUGAGAGCCCCCCCGGCCCCGGGGCGGCGAACAGACUGGUGUGUCCGCGGUGUGAGGGGGCCGACCGACGGCCGCUUUCAGUCUUCAGUGUACUCGCAGACGUGAAGUGGCAAUGUGUGAAGUUUCCGUCCCUUCGUUUGUUUUAUCUCUGGUUGUGCCUUGGGAUCUCGGAACUGGGCCCAGCUGGUAAAUGUGUUGAUGGCACAGCUCCCCUUUCCCCGUGACCCAACUUUCUAAGACAGAAGUAUUUUAUCCCCCAGUUUUCGGAGAAAACGAUAUGAGAAAGAUGAAAAGAAAAGUGGCCAGGCUGAGUGGCUUUCGUCUUAGUCCAAAUGAAGAAGCACUUUUGAUAAAAGAAGAACAUGAGAGGAGAAGGAGGUUAAGAAUAAAACAGGUCAGGGAACAGGAGCGUUUCAUUGCUGAGCAGAUCCGGGAGAAAGUCAAGCAGUGCCGUAAUCAACAACUUGAGCAACUGGCAAAUGAGUUGAAGGCUGAAUGGCAGCUGGCACAAGGCGAAAAAACAAAGAGUCUAGAGAAGCUGUAUCUUAGUAGUCUAAAGGCAGUGGGUAAGGGGCACAGACAAGCUCAAGAAAAUGAACCAGACUUGAAAAUUCAAUCAAGACUGGCAGCAGUUAACAGAGAAAAGGCUGAGAAAAGGCAUAGAGAAGCAUUAAGGGAGUUGAAGCAGCAAAGAGAAAAAGAACAUGAAGCUCAAACCAGGUAUAUCAAAACUCGCAAAAAAGCACUACUCAUUGAGAAAAAAAGGGCGAUAACAAUUGCACAUCUUCCACCACCUCCACCCAACCCCUUUGCUGAUCUAGAUGUUCCAAAAUACCCAACAGUGAAGAUGUAUGAUAUUGACGGCUUCUCUGCCACACACUACCAUCUACCUGAGCCUUGCGUGAACAGGGAAAUAAAUGCAAAUCAGGUUAGUGCUCGAUUGACUGCUGAAAAGGAAGAAAAGCGUUUAGAGGAAUUGAAGCAGGAAGCUGAAAUGGAGAGACAAGAACAGCUCGAGAAAGCUAGAUUGAGAGGCAGUCAUGCUCUCCAAUUAGUUCAUUUGAUACAGGACAGAGAGAGACUGAUGAAGGAGCUGGAACAAAUGCAGCUUGCAGACUUAACCCGUAGAAGGCAGGCAGUGUCUCAAAUGCCACAGCAGCUGUUUGAGCCACCCUAUAGACGAAUGGAGGUAAAAGAGGAUCGGCAGAAAGAGAUGGAAAUUGCAUUUGAGGAUAUGUAUGCGGAUGAUAAAAAGAUCAAAGGUGAUGUGGUAUUGCGCCUUGAGCCGGAACCUUUACCAGCCCCAUCUGUUGAAACGCAGGAUGAAGAUUUAGAUCUCUCUGUAGAGCCAGAAGGAUUUCAAGAGGAGCAAUGUGCAAAAGGUGGCCAAGAAGAGUCUGAGAUACAACACUUUAGAAAACCAGAAGUUCCACCAUUGAUUGUAACUGAUCAGUCCUCCACAAGCCCAUCUAAAGCUGCCUUGAUGAAACUUCUUACCAAGAUAAGAAAACAAAAAGACUAUUGUACGACAAGAUCUGAAUCAAGUAGUGUAAACAAAAAUGUGACUAUUGAGUCUGGUUGCAUUACUAGUGAAGAAACCAACCAAAGAACUUUGACAACAUCUACAACCAACACUAAUGUAAGCGAAGAACAUCCAGAAAUGCAUUCGGUGCUCACUCAUAACAAUAAGUAUCAAAGAGAGACUUCUGAAGAAACCAUAGUAGCUGGAAAUAUGACUUUGUUCCAUCCAAAGGAGCAAGCAAAUAGAAUUCGAUCUGAUGUUGACCGAAUGAAACAGUUGCAUAACUUGGAACAGCAGAAGCAACAACAGUUAGACAUACUGUGGCAGUCUGAACAGCAGAAACAAAAUCUUGAAGCUAAUUUGCGAAAAGCUCAGUUACAACAGCAGCAAGGAGAAACACAAGUGCAAGAAAGACUGAUUAGUGAUUUGGAAAAGCAAACAUCGCAGGAGCAUGAACAGUUGAAACAUUCCAAGAUUUUUGUGUCAAACGAGGUUUCUCCGGAAGAUGAAUAUAUGCUUCAUCAUCAUCAGUAUCAACGGCAUCUUGUUGAGCAAAACAGGCUGCAUAAAGCACCAGUGGAAGAAACCAGGAAACAAUUGGAAGAGUAUCUGUUGGAGAAAGGUUUACCUUCUGUUUCUACUUCAGCAAGGUGCCUCUCUGGACAGGACAUUGUAUGUCAGAAUUGCCAUAAUGAACCCAGAGGCCAUCUGAAUGUUAAUCAAAGCCCAUUAGAUGUGCAUAGUGGAAGCAGAAGUCAACCUGAUUUUCCAAGAUCUGAAAGGCAUGGUUUUGAAGUAAAUGGUCUGGAGGUAUUAGAACCUUGCAUAAGGACUUCAGAUGCAGUUGAGCCAUACCAAGUCCCGAGUCAAGUGCAUUUAAUGGAGAAUCAAUCCAAGUCCAUACAAACACAGCCAGGAACAGCAGAAAUUGCAAAGGAAAGAUUGAAACAAUCAAUGUUUUCCAUACCCUUGACAAAACCUGUUGAAAUCUUAAAGAAUCAAGAAAUAAUAUCUGCUUCAUCAGUGGAUAUUUCUCUCCAACAAGAACACCUAAAAGGAUUGCAACAACAACUGUGGAGGCAGAGGGAGGAUCUUCUUGCCACACAGAGGUUACAAGAAGAAUUCAUCUGUAGACACCAAAACCAAUUAAGGGAACAGAUGCAACAACAACAACAGCAUCAAGCCCUGGAGAAGAAUCGGAUUGAAAAUCAGUCUGGACACUUGGCAUUGCAUAAGGUAAUGCCUGCAAGUGAAAAUGUUGAGCAGCUUACUUUCAUACCAUACCUGCUGCGUUCCUCAGAGGAUUUUCAUACUGGAUCAACUGAUAAGAAUUUUCAUUUAAACAACGAAGAGCUGCACAAAGGUCCAGUGCCAUCAGUUCAAAUAAAUGAAGCAUUGUUGCUGCCUUGGUAUUAUGACUUCAAAACAGGACAAGCUGGUAGUCAUUCUGCAGAAUGCCCAAAUGUAACAACAGAAGCUCGGCAUUACAGGCCUUCUAAACCACCUGUAACUAAGACAAAGUUGGGGCUUUGUGGACUAAUUGAACAGCAUGAAUUAAGUUCCAUUCAGGAAGUGGAAUCGCCUAAAAGUGACAGGCUGUCUAUGUUUGUUAACAGGAUGACAUCGUCAAAUAACUGCUAUAAAUCAGAAGCCAGGGAGUUAAUAUCAAGUAGAAUGGAUUCAUCUUAUUCCUCUGAAGUAAUGGAAUUGGAUUUGUCCAAUGUGUCAACAGACAGCAGUCAGCAAAGUUCUAGUGUGCCAAAAAGUACUGUAGAAUCCAUUCAAACAGGCAGACUGACUUGGAGAGAGAAGCUUAAAUUGGAAACUGGUAGUCUUCCAGUGCAAGCUUCUCUUUCAAAGUCACCAAGUUAUUCUGACAAAGUUGAAAGAGGUGGGCUUGAAUACAGUGACCCAGCUUCAUUACCAUAUAACAUAACUGACAUGAUAUUUCCUCACUAUUCAACUUAUGACGUGCAUAGUUUUAAUGCUAUUGAAAAAACUUGUGAAGUAGAUCAAGUAUCUAGCACAACAUUGUCCACUGGAAGCUUUCCUUUGAGUGAACAAACAGCUCCUGUUCUCAUAAAUUCAGCAGGUGACGAUCAGUGUACCAUUCACAACAUUCCCAGUCGACAGUCAACUCCUACUUCAACUGUCUGUAAAUCAAAUUUGCCAUCUUCAUUCUCUGAAUACCAGGAUACAAUGAAGGCCCAAAAUAAUCUUUCUACCUCCAAUGAGGAAAAAUGUACUUCUAAUGAAAACAAAAUCCAAAAAUUAAUUGAGAAAUAUACUCAGGAUCUAAACAAAUUACUGGAUUCGGGUGGAAAGCGUCAAGACUCCGCAACUGGUUGUGACAUUUUGGACCUGGAGUUCCCCAACCUCUUUCUUCAGCUGCAAAAUUGCCAACAGGAUUCAAAUUUUGAACUUCAGCCUUUAGAGUGCAGACCUGACUUUAGUAUUUCCAGUUCUUCAUUAUCUCCUACCUCCAGCAAGAAUUCAAAUUUCCCACGUAUUGGCAACACCUUAGGAAAUCAGCAUUCUACCCCAGCCACAAGCUCAGAGAUGCAGUCCCCUACUGACAAUAUUGUAUCCACUCCAGACUCUGGGAGAACAGCCUCAGAUGUAGAUCAAGUGGAGGAGCACAUUCAGCAUUCCUAUAAUGAGGAAAACGAUGGUUUGGAAUCUUUUCAACCUGUUCAUCUGGAAAUUACUUCAAGACAAUACAGUUCAAGCGUGGACCAGUCUGAAAAUUUAGAGCAGGAAUUUCAUAAUGAAACUUCAAUAAACAAUAAAUACAUUCCUCCAUCUGACCUUUUAAGAAUUGAAAAUGUAGGUGCUGAUUCAUUGACUGUGGAUUCCAUGAACCAAUCAUCUUAUUCUGAACCAGCCAUUGAAAAAUUGCGAACUGAUGAUGGAGGAAAUUCUCAAGAGCAUGCUGGUCCAUUCUUCCAACUAAAUGGAACAUUGACUACAGUGAGCGAGUUUAAAAUCCCUAACCAAAAUGGGAAAAGCCUGGAGGGCUAUGAGUCUAAAACACAGGUUGUCACCUUUAUCAAAACAAUAAAUUCAAAUGAUGAAGCCACUCUGGAUAGUCUAUCUUUUGAAGCCUCUAAGUUAAUGUUAUCGGAAGAGGACAAUUGUAUUUCUAAUGAAGUACACCAAAUUACAGAACAGGAUCCCAUGAUGCAACCUAAGUGGUCACCUCAUACAAAAGUAGGAACUGACGCUAUCCUGGAACAUGAAUGUGAGUUAGAAGCUCAAAGGGAUCAGUCUCAACCAUCAAAUUUCAUGCCAGGAGAUUGCCUGUUGGGGACCGUUAUGCCAGGUACAGAAUCAGAUGUUGGAAUUAUGGAAGAACCAGAACUGACACAGUUAACACUUAAUGAUUCAACGCUAUUAGAUGACGAACUAGGACAAGAGUUUCCAGUUGAUGAAAAUGAAUUAAAUGAAAUACAAGCAUUUUCUCAGGCAAAUGAAGUGCAACCAGUAAUCCCCGAAAACACAGUUUCUGACUCUCAAAAAUCUGAAGUUAUGAUAAUUGAAUUUGAACCAUCUGCUAAGAUUUUGAAUGAAGCAGUUCUGAAGAGAAGACAGAAAUUUCUUACAAAUGCUGCAAAACGAGUGGAAGACUUAAAAAGGAGGGAAAAAUCUGAAAUAGUGAAGUCUGAACUAUACACAAGACCAAUUCAUCUUGAGCAAAGACAGACUUCUGUGUUCGCAGCAUCAUCCUCAUCAGGGGCAACUCAGUUGAAGAUGGUGGGAGAAGUAAAAGUGUCUACUCCAGAGGACAGAAAAGCUGUAGAAGUAGGGAUGCAACAAAGAACACUCCGUCUCUACAAUCAGCUUGAAGAAGUGAAAAACAAGAAAAGGGAAGUGAACCGCAAAACAGUUUGUGCUAGAAAUCGAGAAAAAGCAAAAGAAUUCCAGAAGAAAACAUUGGAAAAGCUAAGAGCAAAUAAAGUGUGCAAGUGAUGCAUCUGCAAUCUUUGCAUCAAUCAAGAACAAUUGCAUCCAAAUGUAUAUAAGUAUUUGUAUUAAUAUACAAACUCUUGGCCUAUUUUGUUGUUUUAUUACAAUUACCUCAUUUGUAAUUUUCUUUAUACAGACUGUUAUACAAAUCUGUCAGUGAGGAUAGAAUGUUGGAUCCUUUUGGUUUUGUAAAUUUUGUAUAAUUCAUUACUCUAAAUAGAAGGUAUAAAUUAUAUUUCAUAUUUAUCUAUUUUAUAGACUAAUACAGUUUUGUAUAAAACUACACAUCCCUUUAUAUAAACUGGAAGUUCAUUACUUGGACUGAAUCACUGGAUAAACAUCAACACUUUACUGCACUUAACCUCAAGUUCAAGUUUGUACUUCAUUGGCAAUAUUACAGCAGUUUAGUGUAGGGAGUCUUUUGCACUACCAGCUAUCGAUUGACAUUUUGUUCUAAUAAUUCAAAUAGUAAAACUCAUGGCUAAUAUCAAGUGUCACUUUUGUCUGUACAGUGUGCCCUAAUGUACUUGGAUGAAACUCCACAAAUAAAAUUAAUAGUUCAUGCUGGACUGCAGAGACUGCUUUUAGAUAAAUUAAUUUGAAAAGUCACACGAUAAUUAUAAAGCUUUGACUUCACUGACAUUUAUUUUACCAAAGUUUUAAUGGCAAAUAAGUCCACCAUACUUUCCCCUCUGGUGCUUGCUUUGCAAGGAAAAGGCAUACGUUCCAGGUAGGGUGAUUCUUAAUUUCAAAUGUUUCUGCCAUCUUAAAACAAAAUCUACUGUAUUUUUAAUAUUAUACAGAUUUUUAAAACAACAUUAUACCUGCCAGUAGCUGGUCGGAUUGUGGAGUAAUGGCCACGAGGCUUUUUUUUCCUUUUGUUGAACACUGCUUCGUCCACCGUGUGGUUUAGUACUGUGGAACUUUACAAAGAGAAUUCCAUAGAGAAUAUCCCUGUAUCUUUAACCUUGAGUUUAGCUGGGAGAUGGUUCUAUGCAGAGAGGUUGUUUUGAGGUAAAGAAACAACUGGCUCUCCUUAAAUUUAUUUUGGGAUUCCUACAUGCAGCCAGCCUAAUUAGGCUGGAAGUAUGUCAAAUGGAAAGUUCUAUAACACAGCCACAAAAAGCUAGGAAGAUUAAGACUAGUGGGCACAUUGAGAGAUUACAGGUGUUCGUGAGGGGGUGGUAAUGAAAUAUUAAAAUGAAGGCUUGCUAUCUCAUUAAAAAUUUUAAGUAACUAACCUUUAAAUAAUUUAAUCCUAUCAUUGAAUUGGUCAUUGGUCUCCUUAUCUUAUUUCCAUUAAAACCAGAAUUCAGAUGGGGGUGUGAUUCAAGGUUUACUGUUCCAUUUUUCUUUGAAUGUUAACCUUUGUGAUUUUAAUCUACGUCUUUUGGGAAUUACAAUUCAGUCUUUGAUUGUGUGUAGAAAUAGAAGAUAGAGAGGAGGAGGCUAAGCUGAUUUAUAUAUCACACCUCUCUGUAGAGUAUACAAUUAUGGAGUUCGAAGCUCCAAGGGAGCAAAAUUUCCAGUUUUCCUAGGAAUCAUGCUUAUGGAGACUUCACUUUGCUCAGAAACCCAAUGAAUGUUAUGUCGACAUUAGCAAGGCACCACCAGUGGCUGCAAUAGUUGUAUCAAGUCAGCAUGUUUAUGCUCUGAGAUGAUUCCAAGGUGAAACCAGAGCUCCUACAGAGUACAUUUUUGGAAUUUUGAAACUAUGCUUCAGGUAUCUCAGGGUGCUCACCAAUUAAUCUGAUUAGGUUCUUUCAUCAUCUUUACAAAGCAUCCCUUUUGUGGAAAGCCAAUGAGGAGAAUGCACCUCUGGGAUCAAAAAGGAGUGAAAUCAGGACCAUGGUUAAUGCCAUGCCUGUGUUAUUGGUAGCUGUAAUGGCCAUUUGCAUCAGUACUGUAGAACUAUUUUUGGCCUCUACAUCUUAGUGCCCACUUAGUGAACAUUAAAGCCCAUACAUGUCCUUCACUUCAUGUAUUAAUGAGUAAUAAUCAUAUGCCAUUGACCUAAUGCAAGACAUCCUUAAGACAGCAUUAUGCAUAAUUUCAGAACAAUUUUUAUUUUGCAAUAUAUAGUGCAUGUGCCAAAUGUUUAUAUUGCUAAUCUUCCAUUCAAGACAAAUGUGUAAUCUUGGAAUUUUUUCAAAAAAAAAGUCUAUAUAGACCACCCUGAAUGUUAAUUUAGGUUAAAGUAAGAAUCACUUGAGACUAUUGUGGCCUUGACUAAUGGGGCAGCUCUGAGGUUGAGCAGCUGCAGCUUUGAUUUCCUGUGCUAUUGCAUGAGAUGCCUGGACUUUCUUUGUAUCAUGUGCCGGCAUCUCGGUGGGCCCUUGACUAGGAUAAAACAUCACAAACAGCAAUAUAGGUGAGAAUGAAGUUGUCUAGGGUGAUGGUUUCAGUGGAAUGACAUCGGAAACUCUGUCUAAAAAUUAUGCACAAGACAAUGAAACUCCUUAGAAAUUAAUUGCACCCAGCUCCCCCUUAUAUGGUUGUGGGCAUGUCUGUUGCACUGUCAAUCAUUACUAUUGUGUCAAGACUAUAAAAUAUUCUUCAUUUUGAUUCUCCACAAGUGUCUCAUUUGCAGUUGCUUGUAUUGGGACCAAAUAAAGGCACAUCCACAA